CGAGGGAGAGAGAAAAAAUAACAAGAGAGAAACCGAGAAAGAAAGAGAUCUCAGCCGGUCAGUUUGACUAGUUAGUUAGUAGAGCUCAACACUGGACGAGGAGCGAGGAGGACUCCGUUUGGGAUUGAUUCUAGCUUCCAACCUGGCAUGGAUAUUUUUGGAUUGUAAAAGGAGUGCGACUGUCGCAACGUUGGGAUCGGGACAACCGGGAUCUGGAUUUAUAAAAGGCUUUUAAUGUAUUUAUUUGGGGAUUUAAAUCACAUGUAAGAUUCGAAUUCAUGUUGUUCUCUCCGUGCCAGAUUAGAAGAGAGGAGAUGUGAGGGGGGUUCGUUCCAAAGUCCGAAACUAUUACGAGUGCGGAAAGCGUUUUAGGGCUCCCUCUCUCUUGUCGUUGGCUUUUGUAUAUUGAAAUCUACAGUUACUUCGUUUUUUUUGUAGCUAUAGCCUACUCUUACGGUAUUAUCAUGUGCGUAAAACAUUUGUUUAUCGCUUCAGAGGCGUAACGAACAUAAACAACUCCAAUCGGCUGUGCAUGCCCUGCACGGCGCUCCGCCGACAUCGAUGUCCUACAACUAAAUUCAAAGUAUCGGUAAACAGUCCCUUUGGCGACCCCAAAACAAGAGUAACCUAGAGAGAAAACCACAUCUAGAUUUUUAAAUUGUCGUAUGUUCAGGACGAAACGCUCAGGUCUUGUGCGGCGACUCUGGAGAAGCCGUUUGAUUCCACAUAGUGAGGGUGGAGAUGGUGGACAUAAUGGCCCAAGUAGCGAGGGCAGUCCGGGGGACGAUCUCUUCGCAACCUGCCACAACCCGGAGAAAAUUCCCAAAACGGAUCUCAGACCGAUGACAGCUAGGGGGUCGCCUGCAGGGGACUUAGGUGGAGUGUGUGUCUUCAACUCGGCCGAGAGUUGCAGCGCCUGGGUGGGGGUCAAUUCGGACGAAGAUGGGGGUGCUAUGUCGGUGACUGUGUGUGUCCAGGGGCCGGGGCUGGAGCAGGAACAGGGAAGCCCCCAGUCAGUGCAGGACAGCGAAUGCAGGACGGUGACGUGUUGUUUAUUUAAAGACCGGGACCACUGUGAAGUUGAACCCACUGCUCCGGGGAGGGAACAGUUACCGGACUCCUGUCACUUUGUUCUGAGGAACCACGGCGGUGGGGCUCGGGACAACGGUUCUCCCGAGGCGAAGCCUCGCUCGGUGCUGGAGCAAGAACUCAAAACCGCCACAUAUUCUCUGUUGAAACGCCUAAAGGAGAAAAGCCUGUAUAAUUUACUGGAGGCGGUGGAGUCCAGAGAAGGGAUGCCGAGCGACUGUGUGAUGGUAUCCCAGACAGAGAUGCGUCUGGGCGGACACACGGCCCUAUCUCCUCCGCUGCUACUUUGUAAACUCUACCGUUGGUCGGACCUCCAGCACACGGCCCAGCUCAAACCGCUCUGUGAGUGCAGGAACUUUGGGGCGCUGGAUGGCCCGGUGGUAUGCUGCAACCCCUAUCACUACAGCCGGCUAUGCAGCGCAGAGUCGCCCCCACCGCCAUACUCACGGCUAUCCCCUACAGAGGAACAAAAGCCCCUGGAUGCCAGUAUGUCCCCGGACGUCUCCAAGCAGAGCCAGUGGUGUAACAUGGCCUACUGGGAGCACUGUAAACGCAUGGGCCGCCUCUACCCGGUCUACCACACCUCCGUCUCUGUCUUCUACGAUCUACCUCAGGGGACCGGCUUCUGUCUGGGCCAGCUCAGCCUCGACAGCGACCACCACCGUCACCCCUGUUCCACCGACCACCCCCGCUCCGGCAACGUCCAGCGCACACGCGCCAAGAUCGGUUACGGUAUCCUCCUCAGCAAGGAACCGGACGGCGUGUGGGCCUAUAACCGGAGUCGACACCCCAUCUUCGUGAAUUCCCCCACCCUGGACGUUCCUGGGAGCAGGAGUGUGGUUGUGAGGAAGGUGAUGUCAGGGUACUCUAUCAGGGUGUUUGACUGGGAGAGAUCCGGCACGUUGAGCACCCUGCAGCACACAGACCCUGUGGAUCUACUAGAGGGUCCCUGUGAUCCUAACAGUGUGAGGAUCAGCUUCGCUAAGGGCUGGGGCCCCUGCUAUUCCAGACAGUUUAUUACAUCAUGCCCCUGCUGGCUGGAGAUACUGCUCAACACCCACACAUAACAGAGAGAGAGAGAGAGAGAGGGAGAGAGAGAGAGAGAGAGAGAGAGAGA